GGAGAUAAAAAUAAAAAGAAAAGAAUUCUCCUCUCUCUCUCUCUCUCUCUCUCUCGCUCUGUUACAUCCUGCAUCUUUGCUCUUCCAGGUUUCAGCAUCCAAGGAGCAGCAGCUUGCUUGCUCUUCCCAAAAGGAGGAAGAGUCGAAGAGUGCGAGAGGCCCGAGCGCAAGCCUGAAGCCUCAAAGGCAAAUCCUCCCCCACAGACUACCACAAGCUGAAGCUCGAGCGAGCUGAAGUCAGGAUGAGAUCAUGGGAGAGGCGAAAAUAAUCAAUAAUGUGCCAAAGUGGUUCUAAUGUCUGGAUAUGGGUAUGGGGACAUUCACAACUGAUGAAAGCGACAAACAUGAAGAGAGCUACCUGUCGUUGGGUUUGACAGUAUCACAGUCAAAGAAAAACAACACUGAAUACCCCAAGGUUCUGUUGCUUCUGGCGGCUUAUCUUGAUAGAUCAGUUCAGAAGAAUGAAGACUUACUAGAUUCCAAUAAGAUAAAGGAUUCAAGCACCAUCUUUCAUGGUCACAGGGCUCCAGAUCUUAGUAUAAAGCUUUAUGCAGAGCGCAUCUUCAAGUACUCAGAGUGCAGCCCAUCUUGCUUUGUGUUGGCCCUCAUCUACAUGGAGAGAUAUCUACAGCAGCCACAUGUGUACAUGACGUCCCUUAGCGUUCAUCGCUUGCUAAUUACAUCUGUGGUGGUUGCUGCCAAAUUUACAGAUGAUGCGUUUUUCAACAAUGCAUUCUAUGCUAGAGUUGGGGGAAUCAGCACAGUAGAGAUGAACCGACUUGAGCUGGAUUUGUUGUUCAAUCUGGACUUCAGGCUGAAAGUGGAUUUAGAGACGUUCGGAAGCUACUGCUUGCAAUUGGAAAAAGAAACAAUGGUUCUUGUAAUAGAUAGACCUAUUCAACAAGUUCACGGCGUCAAUAGCACUAAAGAUUUGAGUCGCAACAGUAGCAUUGACGAGUCUUGCAAGAGCGAGCUGAUGCGGUACAGCAGUCAGGCUCUCCAAGGAUGUAGCUGACCAACUUGAUUUUACAUCCUACAUUUUUCACCAAGGGUUAGGACCACUAGAAAUUCUUUCAAGAGUAAACAAUUGUGCUUCAGAUUGUGUUUAACUGUUCUGGAGCUUUUGGAUGAUAGGGCCCUUCUUUUUUUAUUGUACCACUGUAAUUCUUUUGAACCACGAUGUUUGAAUUUUCACCAGUUUAUUGAAAGGCAACAAGUCUGAACAUUAUUCAAUCUAACCAAGCUCAAUACUGUAACAUCAUGAUUUCAGUGAUUAUGUUGAAUACUAACAUCAUGAUUUCAGUA